AUGGCCGGAGAUAGGAGACCCCGUCGCGACGACGGCAGAGAAAACAGCGGCGGAUUCCGGAGCCGUCACGAGUCCGAUGGACGGAGGGACAGACGAGACCGCGGCGAUGAUUAUCGCAGGAGAGACGACGACCGCGACAAUAGGAGUCGGCGGCAUCGCUCGCGUUCGAGAUCUGCAGAUCGCGGAGACAGCCAUCGCGACCGCCGACGGGAUGAUCGCGAUAGGUCGCGUGACCGGGAAACCAGGGAAAGGCCCCGGAGACUACAGGAUGAUAACCGCGGUGAUCGGCGACGUGCUGAGGAGCGUAACCCGGCCGACAGGGAGCGCGGGUAUAACAGAGAUCAUGACCGGCGCGACAGAGAUAGCCGGCGUUCAGCAUCGCCGCGACGCCGCAGCACAAGCCCAGGACGAGACAGGCGUAACGAUCGAGAGACUGAUCUCCCCACUAGGACUAGGGGAGGCCCCGAGCGGUCGGGCGCAGCCAUGUCCGUCAAAGUAGGCAGCCAAUACGAUGAGGGAAAACGCGGCCGGGAUCGAGACGACAAGAAUUUGGGUCAAAUCGACACACCCAUGGGGCAAAACGUCGAUGAUGACGAUGACGACGUCGAAGUUGCGCAAGACGAUGAUGUUGCUGCGAUGCAAGCCAUGAUGGGCUUCGGUGGCUUCGGUACGACAAAGAAUACCAAAAUUCUGGGCAACAAUGUCGGCGCAGUCCGCAAAGAGAAAAAGACCGAGUACCGUCAGUACAUGAACCGUGCUGGAGGAUUUAACAGGCCAUUGAGCCCGACUCGGUAG